CAGAAAUGCCGUUUCCAAGUCCCGGCUGCCACACAUGUAAGACAAGACGAAUCAAGUGCGAUGGAACCUUUCCCAUCUGCCAACGCUGCAUCAAGUCUCGUCGAGAAUGCCAUGGACUAGCAGAUCCACAAUCGCUUUCUUUCAUCCACAGCGAGAAUCCUUACGCAGAUGGAAAGGUCAAACGACCCAGAGGACCUCGAUCCGGAGGGCACAUUCCAAACCCCCAUCAUGAAUCAGGCGACGUCAAAGCGCAAGCGAUGACCUUCUAUUUUCAGAAUUACCUGCAGGCACCCAAGGAGACACCGGGAUUCAUCCGCACUCUAGGUGACGACUAUAUCGCCGGUCGGGAAACCUUUCGGAAGUCACAGCUGCUUGAUAUGGCCGUGUCGACAAUGGCUCUCGGCACGUUUGCAAGGACGCAUCAGCACCCCGAGGCGGCGGUGCAGGCGUCAAAGGCAUACGAACAGGUUUUGCAGAAGGUCCAGCCAGCUAUUCAGCGACUGGAGCCUGAUAAUGUCGAUGUCUGUCUCUUAGCCAUCUUCUUCAUGAGUCGGUAUGAGGAUUUAGUGCAUCAUCCGGCCGUGUCGGCGCCGGAGAGUCGAGUGGAUUCGUACCUGCCGAGCUUUUCUCACCACGAUGGAGCAUCCGCAGUUUUGAAGAUGUGGAAGUUUCAGUUUAGUCAGGACCAUCCGGCAACGGACGUCAUUAAGCAUACUAGGCGCGGCAUGAGUCGAUCUGCGCUACUGAGAUCUCGCACGUUACCGGAUUGGAUGCGAGAUGGCCGUUCGUUUGGGGAAAGUGGCUUAGAGCUAGCUUACGAUCAGAUCAUGGUACGCAUAUUGGAGCUUCGGCAGCGUGCGCAGGGCACCACUUUUGCUGGUGAGCUAAGCGCAGAAGCUCAACAUCUUCAUCGGGCACUGGACGAGUGGAAAUCCGCAUUCCCUAGAACAUGGGACUUCCGUCGUCACAAUCUAUCUGAGCAACUUACACUGGAUCAUCGGGGCUUCUACUCUCGGAUGGUCUACAGCUACGCUAGCUCGACUUAUGCAGGGGUAUGGGCUAAGUACUACGCUACUAAAAUGCUUGUCGAGAACAUACUCAUUAGUCUGAGCCUUACCCCUGUUCCAGCCGCGGAAGUAGCCGACCAGAGAUCAGACCAUUCGUCGUAUCUAGAUAGCUUGGCUGACGACCUGGCCUCAACGGUGCCCUUCUGCUUGGAGCAAUUUACAGUCGAAUCCUCAGAUAAUGUUACGUUGAAUUCGCAAGGCAUCAGGCCUUACAAUGCUACGUUGAUGGCAUGGCCUCUAACCAUUGCAUCUGGAUUGAGGCACUUAAAACCUGACCAGCGAUCAUGGUUCAGAUCGGCCAUCGCUCGGAUCGGCAGAGUAGUUGGGAUUGGGGUUUUUGAAUGUGCGGAAACAGAUGAAUGGCUAGAGCUCUAACAGGUAUUCAUUCAAUAAGAGGCCGCCUAUUGAAGUCCACAUUACAAGAACUUGUUUUCCUCCAUCGUCUUCUUCACAAGCUCCCUGUCCACCAUCCUCUUCAUCCACCCCUUGACAAUGGGAAACUCCUCAUCAUCAAACUCCUCCUUGGCCAGAAACAUAACCGUCAUCCUCUGCCACGGGAUGAAUGCCAAAUCAGCAAAAGACAAUUUCCCACCAACCAACCAGACCCCGUCAUCACCGAACUUCUCCCGCUGCUUCUCCAGAUGACUCUCCAGCACGCCAGUCACGCGCUUGAUCUCAUUGAUAUAUCUCUCCUCAGCACUGGGAACCUUCUCCGCAUGAAACUUCUUGAACCAAGUCAUCUGGCCAUAGUAGGGGCCUUGGCCCGUGGUUUGGAAAUAAAG